CGAGAGGAGCGGGCUGAUUUCCUCCACUAUGGAUGGGAACAUCUACGAUCAGUUUGGGGAGGCUAUUGACAGAAGGCUUGGAGGAGUGAGGGCGGAAGCCCAACGAAGGGCAGCAGCUGGGCCGCCAUUCCCUGCCAUGUUCAGGCUAUGGCAGGAGAAGAAAGGACCGUCGGUGGGGAUAGAGGAAUUCAGGUUAUGGCAGGAAAAGGAAGAACCACCGAUUGGGGUAGAGGAAGUGGGAAGCGAUGAGGAAGUGACUCAAGGGCCGGGAGGAGGAAGUAAGGGGGAAGAGCCCAUAAUCAUUGAGUCAGAUGACGAGAAUGAGAAAGAAAGGAUGGAACCUUCGUUCGUCUUGUUGGGGAAAAUGGAGGACAUGUUGGAUAAGAUGGGGAGGUACCAACAGAAGUUGGUGGGCCUGUGUGAGGAGUGGAUGAUGGAGUUAGCGCUGGCCAUCUCGCAUAGCCUGGUGGAGGAUAUGAGGACGAUUGAGGAAGGGUCUGACCAGGUAGAAUGGCAUGAGGACCUGAUGGGAGGAAUGUAUCUCUUCGUCAACACGUUAUUGGAGGAAAGUCUCGACCAGUCAGGCUCGUUGAACCCGGCAGGGAAUGUGGACGAAAUGCCCGAGAGCCAGGACGACGAGCUCGAGGAACGGGAGAUUAAGGAGAUCUUUCGUGCAGAGGAGUAUGAUGGGAUCUACCUAGAGCUGGGACUUCUUUUGUCCUGCGAAAUGCAGCUAAGGGAUGCAAGCGAUAGGACUCAGAGGAUGCUGCACCGCUACUUAGUGCAAGACGGCCACCUUUUCGUGAGAAGAGAAGUGGGGAAUCCCAGGAGAGUCGUCUGCGGUAGGAAUCGUCAGAUCGACGUCGUAGCAGCACUUCACGAUGGCAUUGCAGGAGGGCAUCGAGGGGUACAAGCCACGUAUGCCAAGAUAAGUGAGUUGUACUACUGGGAUGAGAUGAUGGACAUGGUCGGGAAGUUCUGUCGAUCUUGCGUACCCUGCCAGGAGAGAUCCCGUUCAAGGCAAGGAGAGCCGCUGCAUCCAAGGCUAGAGCGAGAGGUGGGGGCUGUAGUGCAUCUCGAUCUACUGUUUAUGCCGCUUGGGGAUCAGGGCUAUAACUAUAUCUUCGAUGCGCACGAUAACCUGUCUGGAUUCGUAGACGGGCGUGCUAUUCGCACAAAGACCGGUUUAGUCUUAGUGAGCUGCAUCGAGGAAUAUUAUCUGCGCUAUCCUUUCGUCAGGGAAUUCGUAAUGGACAGGGGAUCGGAGUUUACCUACCAAGGGUGCAAAAACUGUUAUCAAGGGAAGAAGAUGAAGGAAGCAAGUCAUGGAGUACGCCUGGAGGCUAUGGAGAUGGAAAUCCAGGAACUCAGGGCAUUGGUGGCCAGCCAGGCAACUAUCAUUGAGAGCCUGAGGCAGCAAACCCAGGGAAAGGUGGACAAGCCAGAGAGCAGCAGGCAGGGAGAGCAGAGGCAGCCAAGACAUGGAUUACCAGGACAACCAUCUGCAGCAGAUCCUCGUCAGGAGCCACCUAUGGGGAGAGUGAUCCUGGAGCCAGAGGAGGCGAGAGCCCAGAGGCAGGCGGAGAGAGAGGCGUUCGAGUUUAGAGCCCCUAUUAAGCUCGCGACGCUGCCAGUGGCGGCAGCGGGCCCAAUCGUACCCUUGGCAGUAGAGGAGGGGCUGCCACCAUCAAGGAGUGAGUCGGCUCAAGGCUCAGCAGAGGGAUCCAUGGGUGUGCUCCUUGAGGCAGUGCAUACUAUGCAGGAGGAGGUGAGUUUGUUUUCACCCGAGCAGAGGAUAGAGGAGCCUCUUGAGAGGGAGAUGGGGAUUGAGGCGGAGGGUGUCAUCGAGGGCGGGCUCCAGAGGUUGGGCACACCUGAGUAUGGACCAGAGGAGAUUGAGGAGCAGCCCAUGACAGUGCCAGGAGACACAGUCGAGAGGAGACCUCAGAGGUUGGACACGCUUGAGUACGUCCCAGCGACAGGGGAUUUGAGGAGUAGACUGGGAUCUUGGACUACUGGAUCUGGGUCUGGGGACCGGUUCUUGGAAUGGAGCAGCAAGAGGUCGUUAGUACCGCAGGUCCUCGAUCAGAGCAGCAGGGGGUUGUCAGUACCUUGGUAGGAUCUCCUUCAUCGUCACCUCCUCAGCCCAGGAAGAAGAAGUUCAAGAGGAAGGUUGAUCAGCUAUGCUUCUACUGCA